AUGAGAUUCUCACCGACAAUUAUGAUGUUUGUGUGUCUGUUUAUAACGUGCUAUGCACUUGAAGACAAUUCAACGCAGGCCGAUACUAAAGUACUGUCGCGGAAAAAGCGAUUUCUCAUAUUUCCGGAGGGAACUUCGUUUCAACUUGUAUUCUGUGUCACGUAUCCAGCUCUGGUUACGAUAGGAGACAUAUUCCUUUGGGGAAAUACUGCCGCUCUAGCGUUCGAGUUGCCGCAAGAUCCAUACUCUCCCUUCAAUCACAAGGCUGACCCUCUUCACAGGAGAAUGGACACAAAACAUAUUUAUUACACGGAUGAGGAUGGAAAGAUUAUUUAUAAACACGAAUAUAAACGGAAGCCAUUAGUGAACCCGGCCUUCGCAAAACGUAGUAUAAAUCAAGUAGACAGACAGCGAAUGCACUUAUCUAGGCAGAGGCCCACUUUUGAAGAUUCUAAUACGAUAGACUACCAUAGAUCUAGUCGCAUGGAACUCUAUGAGAAAAUUGAACUGAUGUUGCAAGGGUUGGGCAGUAAUGGUCGGGAGUGCCUUCUAAAAACACUAUGUAUGUACCGCGCAACCCACCAUUAUCCGCAAGGAGGAUUCAUGCAGGAGAUAUUACGAUCAGUUUUUACGCUACCAAAAAGUCCAACCGAAGGUGACUACUACCAAGAAUAUGAAGACGAUCUAUUUUCUUCCGGAAAUUGUGAGGAGAUGUAUCCCGAUUGUACUACUAGGCCAGUGUAG